CGUCUCGCUUCCAUCCGGGCCGGGGCCUCCGUUCGGGGCCUUCCGUUGGCCAAAGGCGAGAUACCGGCGAAAUUGUCAUCGCUCGGUGGCUAUCGAUCAUUGCUCCUCUGGCACGCGAUUCUUUUUUCGCGUUCCAUUACCUUUUGUCCUUGCCCCCCUCCGAUCUUGCGGACAUGACUCCCGGCGAACCGAUUAACGUCCGAGUGGCAAGGCACUGGGAUGCUUUGAUGAACCUAACCUCGCUUUUGUCCAACGUCUCAACGGAGGAGAGGGACCAGGCUAGCCGUUUAGAGACCAACUACAUUACGGAUCGGCUCAACUCGUUUAACUUAUCUAGUGGGCCAGCUCUUGAUUAUUUGUCACCGUGGGAGGACAAACCUUUGCCGGCGCGAGCACCUUCGGAAGAAUUGGUUUGUAAGAGCGGUAGAAUAAGAGAGAGCAAAUUGGAACAAAGACAAGAACAGGUAGCGGUUGUAGGAGGUGGAGGGAUGCCUCGCAGUAAGCGGAGAGCGCCCUCCAGCACUAAUCAUCAUCACCAUCACUCCUCGACGGAUAUGGCACCUAGUGCCCACGAGGAAGGUGUUCCGAGGCAUCCGUCGAAAAGACUCAGGCAUACUUCCAGCGCAAGGCGGUACUCCAAAACAGAGGAGGUGUCGAGUGCGUCGUCCUUCUCACAGAAAAGAUGCGUCACGUGGUUUCGAGAGUACACGACCCCCGACGACCCGGACACUCUUGGCCCGGAAGGAAUGGAGAAAUUUUGCGAGGACAUCGGCGUAGAACCGGAGAACGUGGUGAUGCUCGUCCUCGCGUACAAAAUGAACGCCCGUCAAAUGGGUUUCUUUACAUUGAACGAGUGGCUGAAGGGCCUGUCGGAGCUUCAGUGCGAUUCCAUUACUAAAGUACAACAAAAGCUCGAAUACCUAAGAAAUUUGUUAAACGACCCUCGCACGUUCAAGGGAAUUUACAGAUACGCUUACGAUUUUGCUAGGGAUAAAGACCAACGCAGUAUGGACAUGGAAACGGCGCGAGUAAUGCUGCAGUUACUAUUAGGAAAACAUUGGCCGUUAUUUGCGCAGUUUGCACAGUUCCUAGACCAGUCCAAGUACAAAGUGAUCAAUAAAGAUCAAUGGUGCAACAUUUUGGAGUUCUCUCGCACGAUCAGUCACGAUCUGUCCAAUUACGAUCUCGACGGAGCAUGGCCAGUUAUGCUCGAUGAAUUCGUAGAGUGGCUCAAAGCACAACGGGGCGAAGGAGCACCUUCGGCGGAGACGCGAGGCAGCUGAAAUAUCACGCCGAGACACCCAACUUCGCUCCAUUAAAGACUCCCACCUAACAUAACGAAAAGAAUUCUUUAUCGACUCAUUUGUUUGUUAACGAUUAAAUCUUCCUUUAUUGAACCUUGAA